AUGAACGACAAAACUGUGACUGUACCCGGGAGUGUGCUCAGAAAUCAACAAAGAAGGUCUGCGAUCAUUUCCGUCGUCGGUUUUGAUGUAUUUGUCGAAAUUGACGGCGAUGGCCCUUAUAUGAUCAUGACACACGGAUUGGGUGCAAAUACGAAUGUCUUCUAUCCGCUUAUGGAGAUAUUUUAUAAGACUCACACUGUGGUGCGAAUCGACUGGCCGGGCCAUGGACAUAGCAGUCUGAACAACACGACAGAGAAAGUAACAAUGCCGAUCCUUGUAGCGAUACUUCGAGGCGUGAUGGAUCAUCUCACAAUUUCUUCAGCUAUAUUAGUGGGACACAGUGCAGGUGGUAUUGUCAGCAUGAUGUUUGCAGCCCAGUUUUCAGGUCGGGUGGACGCCCUCUUUGUCAUCGGGGCUGGUAGAACUAGAGCAGUCGAAUGUCCCGCCAAGAGCUUCACGCUGCAACUCUCUCGCGCAGCCCGAUCAAGGGGUCUUUUUUGGGAUGUUGACGAGAGGGUGGAUUACAACAUACCACCAGGAACUGCUGGGCUUUCUCGCGCUCUCCUCCGAGCUGUCACCUCUCAAACCAAUCCAGAAGGAUAUGCGCAGAUGUGCGAUGCUUUAUGUGACGACACCCAUGUUGAUCCAAACUAUUCAUCGAUCACCUGCCCGACAUGUGUGAUAGGGGGACUGGCGGAUAAUAUCUCUCCUGUGCAUGUCACAGACGAGCUCGUUGGGUUGAUCGCAAAUUCUGGGAAAACCCCGCUUCGGUACCUCCUCAACACCGGCCACAUGAUAAUCAUUGAAGAUGUGCAUGGCACUGCUUUGGCCAUCAAUCGUCUACUUGAAAAACUUCGCUGA